AUGUCCGAAAUAUCUGUUGACGGCCAAGAGUCGAAGGCAGUUCCAUGCUACCACGACCAACUUCCGCCAUACCGUUCAAAACAGCCAAACCAAGAUAUGCUCACCUCUAUUAUUGAGACAGAGCAUACUCGCCGAAUACUAAAACAACGAAUAGAUGAUUUUAUAGAAGAGACCGAAGACUUAAUUGCGAGGGAGCCAACCGAUAAAUCAAGCCGGCUUGCAUCGGCAAAAUGGUUGCAAAAGUGCGGUGAAAACUUCAAAGGCAUGGGACCGAUCAUGAUCAAAGCAGCAGGUAUUCAGGAAAAAUGGGCCGGUGAGAACGGCGGUCUCUAUAUCGCCCUAUCAAAACCCACUGAGAGUGAGUUCAACCAGACGAAGUCUUUUUUGAUGCGAUACGCGAACCAGCAGUUACGACAUGCCCCAGUGGAAGAUCAUCAAGGCGGCAGCCAUUGCAAUGACACAGAUUCUGGCAACAAGUUUCAAAGCGCUCCGUUGACCGAGUAUGGAAAAGGAGCUGGAGAUUAUGCCCACGACUCUAUAUGCUCUUGUGACCGGGUCUCCAAUCUCGCGACAACGGCGGAUCACAUCAAUGAAAAAAGUUGA